GCACUGAUUCCAUGCCAGUCGAUUGAUUGAUUUGAUUAAACUCAAAAAUGCCCCUCGGGGUUGCUGCACGUUUUGUUUCCUGCAUGUCGCAUGACAGCCUGCAACGACUGCUGCGGGGCGGGGGUCGCCGAUACUUUUAAGUUCUAGAAACGUACAUAAACAAAAAUAAAGACAUUUGGACUUCACGAUCGUUCCCAAUAUCUCCCUCCUUUCCACCGAAGCCCCCCUUGCCGUCCAGUCCAUCCGCACGAACCCGCGGCACAGACUACCAUCGAAUCAUUGGUUUUUUCCUCAUUCAAGCCACCACGACGUCAUUAGCUUUUACUCAUCGCACUUGCGUUGCGCACAUUCCAUCUCUUCCAAUCGCGCGCCGCGGCUCUAUUAUAAUCUCACCCAAUAAUGGCUUCCUCGAAUCCCACUACCACUACCUCUCCGACAGAGUCAGAGACUCUCGUCCGUGACUUCCUCGCUGCCAAUCCUGCGCUCGACGCUGAGCUCGGAAACGUCGAGAUCAUGACGGAUCGAUACACGAACGAGGAGUGGGCGAAGCAGAUCGCGGAGACGCAGAAGAAGGUGGCGGCGGAUAAGAGCAGGAAGUAUGGAGUGCCCGAUGUCACGACGAGGGAGGGGACGAAGGAUCUCGCGGAGACGGUCGAUCAUACCGUGUUGAAGCUGGAUGCGACGAGCAAGCAGAUUGACGAUUUGUGCUCUGAGGCUAGGACUGAGGGAUUCAAGAGCGUCUGCGUCCGCCUCAACUACGUCUCCCGCUGUGUCUCCAACCUCAAAGGCUCCCCCGUCGUCGUAGCCUGCGUCGUCGGCUUUCACGAAGGCACGCAAGACACCUACGAGAAGCUCCGCGAAGCCCGCGCGGCCGUCAAGGCCGGCGCCGCCGAACUCGACGUCGUCCUAAACCACAGCCUCCUCACCAAGCACAACCCGACCCCCAAGCCCUCCAACCACAAGCGCGACUCCACCGCCGACACAAUCACAUGGAAGAACACAGAAGCCAACGCAAAGCCGCAGAGCGGCAACACCCCCAGCCAGGGGCCUUAUUCGGUCUCCAGCUCCGGCGGCAACACCCCCAACCCAGAAGAAGACGAGAUACCCGACUACAGCGCCAUCUACCGCGAGCUCGCCAGCAUCCGCUCCCUCUGCCCGUCCCCCACUGUCCUUAAGCUCAUCCUCGAAACCUCCCAGCUCAACUCCGCCCAGAUCCUCGCCGCAUCCCACCUGGCCGCCGCAGCGAACUUCGACUUCAUCAAGACGUCCACCGGCUUCAAUGGCCCCGGCGCGAAGCUCGAGGACGUGCAGCUCAUGGUUGCCGCGGCGGAGUACCUCUCCACGAAGCAGAAGAGCAACGGCGGGAGCCCCGUCCGCGGAAGAAAGAUGCAGGUCAAGGCGAGCGGAGGCGUCAGGUCGCUCGAGGCGGCGACGCAGAUGCUCGAGGCGGGCGCUACGAGACUGGGGACCAGCAGUGGGCUUUGGAUCAUGCAAGAGGCGAGGCAGAAGGCAGAAGGUUUGAAGAGACCUGCGCCGGCUACGAGGCUAUAUACCGAUGAUUCUAUUGGGGGGUAUUAGACGUGUCGGAUGGUGUUUUUCUUUUCGAUUCUGAGUUAGUACAUAAGCAUAGGGUUGGGGUGUAUAGAGUGUUGGUUGCAUAGCAUGGACACUUUUGGCAUUUUAGGACUCCGCUCAGGGGGAUUGGAAAUUAAGAAGAAUCAAUGAAUAUACG